CACGCACCCACAAAAAAAAAAAAUCUUAAUUUUUAUUUUAUUUUGUAAAAGAAUUACCAAACACUAUAUAUCAAAUUAUCAAUUCUUGAACAGGAAAAUUCAAAAUCAAAGUCAUUCAAUUUAAUACUCCUUUCUUCAUUAUUGAAUUUUCCCAUUACCAGGAAUUAUGGUGCAGCAUCAAAGCAAUAUUAGUGUUCAUGUUAUAUGGAGAGGGGAAAAAAUUGUGCUAGAAAUAAGUUCAGAGGCUUCUCUCAAGGAGUUGGGAGAGGAACUACAGACCUUGACUGAUGUUCAAGCUGAUACAAUUAGAUUGAUUGUUCCUCAGUCUACCACCAAAAGCUCGAGACUGCUCACGCCUUUUUCGGACGAGCAUUCAACUCUCAGGCUACUAGAUACUGGAAUUGAAGAGGGGAAAACUGUAAGAAUGAUGGGUGUCUCUGAAAAUGAGAUUGAUAAUGUUCUUAAAGAUGCUAAAGACAAUUUGAGGAUUGCUGGAUUUGAGGAGGAGGAAAAGAAGAUGAAUCAGCGUAUAUCCCGUGGAUCCCGUUUCCCAUUGAAACUCCCGGAAGGACCUUACAUCUUUUGUGAUUUCCGUACACUUGAAUUACCUGGAAUAGAGUUAAAACCUCCUCCUUCAGAGGCAUUGAAGAGAAUGCAUAUGCUUGCAGCUGACCCAGGAAUCGUUGCCAUCAUGAAGAAGCAUCGUUGGCGUGUGGGGAUCAUGACAGAGAUGGCGCCUGUUGGAUAUGUUGGUAUCAGCCACAAAUGUCUUCUUGGUUUUAACAAGAAUCGCGGCGAGGAAAUAUCUCUUCGUCUUCGGACCGAUGACCUCAAGGGUUUUAGAAAAUACGAGAGCAUCAAAAAAACUUUGUUGCACGAACUUGCGCACAUGGUCUACUCCGAGCAUGACGCAAACUUCUAUGCUCUUGAUAAACAGCUGAAUCAAGAAGUUUUUGCUUUAGACUGGACAAAAUCAAGGGGUCAUACCUUGGCUGAUUCUCGAUAUUCUGGUCCUGAUGAUAUGGAUUUAGAAUUUGAUUCGCAUAGCAGUUUUCCGUACAAACUUGGAGGAGAAACUUCUCGUAUGUCUGUCGGUGCUCGCAUGGCUUCUGUUUCUGCUGCCUAUAAUCGUUUUGCAAAUUCUUCUACCACAUCUCAAGACUCCACUGAAAAUGAACUGCCAAAUUCUGAAUCCGAAGGUGAAGCUCACGGGAUCUCAAAACUCCACGACACCUCGAAAAAAGAAGAGAUAUUCGUUAGGGAUCAAAGUGAUGGCGAGCCAGAUCCUGAUGAUUUAGAAGUCUCCUUAAAUGGACUGGCUGCUCCUACUGCCGACUCUUCGUCAAUGCAGAUUGAGAGGGAUGAUAAAAGAAUAGAGAUGACUAUUAAUGAACCUGAUCCAGAUGAUUCUGAAUCAGAGACUAAUAUAACGAGUCGUAUAACAUCUAAGCCAAUGAAUGACGACAAUGAAGCUCAAUCACAACAUUGGAAGGUUCAAAUGGAGCCAAAUCCAGAUGAUAGUCAACGAGAUAUUACAGGGAAAGCAGAGCCGGAUUUUGAUGACGUGGUUGAACAUCUGCCUCAAAAUUUAGAAGUAAUGGCUGAUGAGCCAGAUCCAGAUGACGAAUUAAGGAGGAUCCAAGAUUCCGCAACCUCAUCUUUCAAUCGAAUUAACAAAGCCAUUGAGUUGCUACGUACUGAACUCAAUCCCUCGGAAGCCAUGACAGUCCUACAGACUUUGUUUAAAAUAAUCAGAAAUGUAUCUGAAAAUCCUAAUGAAAUGAAGUACAAAAAGCUUCGAAAGGCCAAUCCCGUUUUCCAAAGGAGUGUAGCAAAUCAUCAAGCUGCCCUGGAAGUUCUUUUCUUGAUCGGUUUUAGUGAAGAAAUUAUCACCGAGAUGGGAAAGGCUGAAAGUUACCUGCUGUUGAAAAGGAAUGAUCCGGGUUUGUUGUGGCUUGCAAAAUCCUCCCUCGAGGCAAACCUUGUUAAGUAAUUGUCGCUCAUUAUAUAUCGAAGCAAGCUAAAAAUUUCUUGAAAUGGAAACGUAAAUUUGAGGUGGUGUUUGUGCAAAUAUCCUGUUGUAUUUAUGUUCUUGUACAAUUGAUUUUGCUAAAUAAGUUAUUUUCAUCUGUAUUUUGAUAGAAGAGAGUUUAGUGAAUGUAUUGUUUACUAACUUGUAAAUGAUAAUUAACUUAUGCAUUGGUUUGUUUCUACUCUUUUAAGACAAUGCAUUUGGAUACCAAAAGAACUUGGUCUAGUGACA